UGCUCAUUCCGGCAGCGGGCGGAGGCUCGUUCCUUGGCAACCAGCGGCCCCGCCGCGGCCCGGCAGUUGCGGGCGGCCGCAGCCUGGCUGCCCGCAGCGGCAGCGCUGGACGGCGGCGGUGCGGCCGGAGGUGCGGGGCGGCGGCGGAGGCGAGACGUGGGAUGGGGGCCGCCUCCCCCCGCCAUCAUGUUGCUGGGUAGGAAGCCGGAGGCGCCGCCCGGUGCAGCCAGGUUUGGAGACGGAUUAUAUGACUCCUAUAUGAGGAUAGAUCAGCUUAGGUACCAAGAGUCUGCAAAUGAAGAGCACAGCCCCUCAGGACUGCCUGCCCUCGGAAGAUCUAAUGUUUGUAGCACCAAGCUUGCAAUGAAGGAUCACCCUCUGAGUGGGAGCCAGGUCAAAGUGGAACAAUUGUUUGAAGACUCUGGGAACAGAAGAAGUGGUUCCCUUCAGUCUGCAGGAAUUACUUGUUCAGAAAGAUCUCUUCCUUCCCUGACAAGAGAUAAAAGCAUAGAGAGCUUAAGCACUUCUAAAGGUGGCAUCAGUUCCUCAAAAGCACACAAGGCUAUUUCCCAAGCUCCAGAAGAAGCCGUCAAACAGUACAAGCAUCAAUUAUCAGCAUAUGAGCAGCAAGAGAUAUUUAACUUCUCUGAGAUUUACUUUGUGGGUCCAGCUGCAAAGAAGAGGCAAGGAGUGAUUGGUGGCCCCAACAACGGAGGUUAUGAUGAUGACCAAGGCAGCUACAUUCAUGUGCCCCACGACCAUCUCGCUUACCGCUACGAAGUGCUCAAAAUCAUUGGUAAGGGCAGUUUUGGACAAGUUGCUAAAGUCUAUGACCACAAACUCCACCAGCAUUUAGCCUUAAAGAUGGUUCGCAAUGAAAAGAGAUUCCAUCGUCAAGCAGCAGAAGAAAUCCGGAUCCUGGAGCACCUGAAGAAACAGGAUAAAAGUGGCAGCAUGAAUGUUAUUCACAUGUUGGAAAACUUCACAUUUCGGAACCACAUCUGUAUGACUUUUGAACUCUUGAGUAUGAACUUGUAUGAGCUGAUUAAGAGAAAUAAGUUCCAGGGUUUCAGCAUCCAGCUGGUGCGUAAGUUUGCUCACUCUAUACUGCAGUGCUUGGAUGCGCUCUAUAGAAACAAAAUCAUACACUGUGACUUGAAGCCGGAAAAUAUCCUUCUCAAACAGCAAGGGAGGAGUGGAAUCAAGGUUAUAGAUUUUGGGUCCAGCUGUUUUGAGCACCAAAGAGUCUACACGUACAUUCAGUCUCGAUUUUAUCGAGCACCAGAGGUAAUUCUAGGAAGUCGCUAUGGGAUGCCCAUAGAUAUGUGGAGUUUUGGCUGUAUUCUGGUGGAGCUAUUGACUGGAUACCCUCUUUUUCCUGGAGAGGACGAGGGAGACCAAUUGGCUUGUAUGAUGGAACUUCUCGGAAUGCCCCCUCAGAAGCUUUUGGAUCAAUCCAAGCGAGCCAAAAACUUUAUCAACUCCAAGGGUCAUCCUCGUUACUGCACUGUAACUACACAUGCAGAUGGAAGAGUGACCCUCAACGGGAGCCGAUCGCGCAGGGGGAAAGUGCGAGGUGCUCCAGGGAACAAGGACUGGGUGACAGCACUGAAAGGCUGUGACGAUCCCUUGUUCAUAGAGUUCUUAAAGGAAUGUCUCAGCUGGGAUCCUGCCGUGCGCAUGACUCCAAGUCAAGCUUUAAGGCACCCGUGGAUUUGUAAACGAACACCCAAACCACCCAGCACUGAUAAAACCUCCAGUAAAAGGAUUUCUAGCUACACGAGUUCUUUCACGGGAAUUGGUUCCAAGUUGCCUCCUGUGGUUGGGGUAGCAAACAAGCUGAGGGCUAACUUAACAUCCGACGCCAAUGGCAGUAUACCUUUAUGCACUGUGCUGCCGAAGCUGGUCAGCUAGUAGCGAAUCAUCUUAUUUCCAGAACACAUACUUUUUAUUUUAAUUAUUUGUUAAUAACGUCAAAGGAAGUUAAAGGCAGAGGUUUUUAAUGGAUUUAAACAUUUAAAGGGCUAACUUUUAUCAGACUGUUUCUCUUGCAGCGAGGUGCGGAUGGCAUUCUAGGUAGGUCAGGUCAUCUGAUGAGUAACGUGGCAGUUUGGCUGCUGUGCUAUGUAAUAAUGCUGUUUUGGAAACCAAACUAGACAGCUUAGGAGGUUAUUUUGCUUAGGACACAAGGGAAAUUGACUUACAAUGUAUAUUUUCAGUUAAUCCCCAAAUUAACUUAUUUUGGGGAGAGUUUUUACACCCGUUUUCACAAGCACAAAUGCGUUAUGGGUGUAAUGCAUUAAGAACUCACUAACUUGUGUCUGAAAGAUUGGACUCCUCUGUGCUGCUUUUCCCUCAUCUAUUCUAAGAAUUUUAAGGAAUACCUUUGGGUAGAAAUGCUGACAAAUUUGGUGUUGACAUUUUAUAGCCUGAAUUGUAUUUUAUUUCAGGAACGCCAUGGAACACAGGAGGUGUAGGUAGAUGUAAUUCCUGCACAUGUGCUAUUUCCCUUUACAGUCUGUGGGAGGCUGACAGGGAAGCUCAGGAGCAGAAGGAGUCCAUUGCAGGCAUGGGCAGCUUUGUUUGGGGCUGAUGAUUCCAUGACAUGUUUCUUGGAGCUCAGAUUAAGAAGCUCUCCCAGGUGUGUGUGUAUAUGUGUGUGUGUGUUUGCUUGUUGGUGUGAGUUCUAGGUUUGGUUUUGUUGUGUGUGUGAAGUCUAUUGAAUUCCAUGGAACUCUAAAGCAUGCCAUGCUGGUCAGACAAGUAAAAGUUCUUAAGAUGUAGAAUAUAAGAAGAAAACAUGUGUGGAACAGCCCUAAUAAAUGGAAUAGCUCUCCAAAAUCUCAGUGUAAUCUCAGGAAGGACUGAUAAGAUACAAAAAAAUUCAUAGAUCCAAAUCAAACUGCGUUAUGAGAUAAAUUAUUUUAGUCCUAAUCAUAUUCCUUUGGGUCUGAGAGAGAUGUUUCUGCAUGCUGAGAUGUGUAGGCUUCUAAUUCCUUUAUCUUCCAAGAACAUGGGGUGGUGGUGUGACCUGUAACGAUAGCAGCACAACUUGUUCUGGUUCUUAGCUCUUGGAGCCACAUGGCGUGGGUCCAUUUACAAAAACAUCUGAUCUCUUGCCAGGUUCCUGAAUGCAAUUUUAAACACAAUUUAGAACUCUUAUGAAGAGAGGGUUUUAAAUUUAAUGAGUUUCUCCGCAGCAAGUUUUUAGUAUUAAAACAAGGAGUCUCUGGUUCUACAAACAAAAGAAGGAUCAGGGUGAUUUGUAAGAUAAGGUGACCACAUGUUCAAUAGCAGAGCUGGCUUCUGAGGAGAUGGGGCUGAGCUUUCAGCUUCUCCCUAUUCUAAUUACAGCACUGCUCAAAAGCUGGAUGGAGGCGUGGAUGGAAAGGCCAAAGAGUGAGAGCCAAAGCCCCAGGCUUCCCACAACUGUUCUUUAAGUGGAGAUUCUCACAUAGGAGCUUUGCUGACUUCUGUUUUAUGAGAGUAAAUGCACUAAGCUCAGUAAUGCUAUUCAAAUAGUGUAGUCUAGCUUUUAUCCACGUGGCCACGAGCAACAGCAGUGUGUGUGUGUGCUGUGUUUGUUGUUCACUUCACACUAAGGCACGAGUGGUAUUUUAUGUUUAGAGAAGCUGAAUGAUGUUUUAUUAGAACAUACAAGCAGGGAAACAGAUUUUGGGGGGGGGAGGGAAGUGAUAGGACACACCACCAAUGUCAGCAGCAUCUCUAAUAGAAGGGACACAUUUCCCAAAGCCAGAACGUCCCGUUUCCUCUGAUUUUCCUAUUUGCAUUUUUAACUUUCUUUUAUUUAAAUAAACCAGGUGGGCGAGGAAGAAGGGGAACCUUGUGAGGAGCAGUAGCUUGGUAAGAAAGGUGUGUAGAAAAGGAGCACUUGGCAUAGAAGGGCUGUAGAGUGGCAGUAGUGUUUGGAGCCAGGAAGAAGACAGAGUGUUUGUGUUAGGAGCUGUACAAGGAGGAGAUGGAAUACCCUGUUUUAGGAGCAGCAACCAGUGGCUUGGCUGUAGAAUGCUUUCAUCUCUAAAAUACCCAAUGUGGAAUGAUUGUUCUCCUGGGACUUCUGGGAUCUGGUUAUGACGAGGCAACUUCUCACAUCACAGCUGCGAAGCAACAAAUGGAGUCAUUAGCUGGCAAAAACGUUGCCUUUUUUACCUCAAAAUGUUGUGUUCACCUUGACCUGACUGAGCAAGGUGCUCUCUGUGAGCUGCACAUGUUGAAGAAUCAACCUUAUUUACCUGGGACUACUCCUGUGUUUUAAAAUCACACAGUUAACUGUCUUGCUAAUCUGUUCUAUGUAGCCACAGCAGAUGAGAAGGAAAAAGAAGCAACUUUGGAAGAUUUCUACUAUAUUGAAAAGAGGUUCUACAUAACCCAGAGCUCUGUUUUCAUUUACUAAGCCCUGUGUUCUUUAUGCAGUAUUUGCUUUCUAAGAAUAGCGUGGCACAGUGUGCCCGAAGUGGAAGAGCCCUUCAAGGGAGCUCAUAAAUUCAGUGUCUGUGUGAGCUGAGUUCUCAUACCUGCAAACACUUCCCUUGUUGAACUCGUGGUGGGUUCCUAUGGGAAUCACACACAGCCACGCUCACAGGGCUGGAACACAGGCUGUGUUGUUAACAGUGUCGUUUAUCAAUCAUGGAUCUGCUUGCAGUGACAGUCUUCAGUGAGAUGAUGUCGAAUCUCAAGUCCACAUUUGCUUUUUGAGAAGCUGAGCACUAUAAAUGAGGUCCGAGGUUAUCAGAAGUGCAUCGCUUUCAUUACUUGUAAUACUGGUUAGGAUGUUGAAGUGAUACAGUGCUGAACUCAUCUAAAUAGAUGAACGCAACAGUGUUUGUUUUUGAGGAACCUCUUUGUUUUACCAGCACUCAUGAGGUUCCCCUGCACCCUCAAUUGUGUUCUCUUAGGAAGUUAGCACGACACAAAUGCCAAUUGCUUGGGUUUCUAACCAAACAUCCAUCACAUUUCUAGGAACUAUAAUGAAACCACCUGGACUUGUUUGUCGAUGCUCCUUAUGAUGUUUCUUUCUGUUUGACUACUCGUUAUCAUUAGUCUUUGUGUUGGAAGUAACGCGCUGUGUUCAUCGUCCGCGUUUUUAGCUGUUUGUUUUAGCAAUAUCUUUUUUUAACUAUAAAACAAAUGAUAAGGCAGAGCAUCUGCCAGAUAUGCAUCGCUUUUACACCGGGGUCCAAAUACCACGUGGCUGUUUCAGUUGCAAAGAGAAACUUGUUUCUGUUUGAACUCAGUGAUGUGGGAUGUGAUGCUGCAGCCCCCAAAGCUGGUUUGGGCUCUGCCUCCAGUGGGCUCCUUGUUAAGGUUUGCUACCCAGUCUGACCUGUCUGAAUGGGAGUUCUGCUUGUCUGCUAAGCUCAGAGCUCAGAACAAACCCCUCUGUAAGGUUUGAGGUGUGUUAUGCAGUCUGCCAUUGUUUACAAUAGCUGCGAACUAAUAGGGCUUCCGUGCAGGUGGAAGCUGUUGGAAUUAGGAAUUUAGCGGUAGAGGUUCUUUGCAAUGGUCAUCUUUGAAUCUACCUCUGAAAUAAACCUCGGGUCCUUUUUAAAGGGAUGUUCACUGCAGGCUGCAGCUCUAUUUUGUUUCUUUUUAAACACUAAUAGCUGUUUUGGCUGCGAAACGUCCACAUGAUGAUCUCAGCGAUGUCUUACUAAUCCUACCCACACAAACGAAAGGCUGAUUGUGCGCUCGGAUCUGGGCUGAAAUGAUUGACACAAAUCCCCCCCUGCCUGCCAAAGUUUAAUGCCGGUAUGGAAGCGAAGAGCCAAAAUAACAUGGAAAGAUCUGCAGCGCUUCUCUGCGGUACCCAGCUGGGAUGGAAAGCAAACCACAGUGAAAGACUUCUCCUUAAUUCAAAGAGCUUGCAGCUUUUCCAUGUGUCAAGCACUAGGAGGCUGUGGGUACCCAGCAUCUAUCAAACUGGACGUCAUGGUUUUAUAUCUGAUGUAUAUCGAAGAUACCACUUGAUUCUUGUUAUUUUUUUUUAACUUGAUAUGGCUGCAUUUCCCAUGUAGCAUCAAAGAGCCCCAAACUCUGCCAACACUUUGUUCUCAGCUCCCACUGUCACAUUUAGACCUUGGGGUCAGCAGAGCAGUCUUGCAUGGGUGAGCAUCGCUGUGUUCAUAGGGAACACAGGCUGCAGCCCUGCAGGAAUAACCCGUGUUCCCUAUCCAUAGUACUGUGCCUUAUUAUUUUACCAGCCUACAUUCGUCUUGGUGCAAUGAAUUUACUAUUCAGGGUUUCUUAUCCUUUGCAGCUGUCCACACUUUAUGUCGGUGUGUGUGUGUGAGGAAUUCACAGGUUAGCCUUCUUAUUGUAAAUACAGUGAGGUGGAAAUGUAGGAAACACUUUAAGGUGCAUGUGAAUAUAACCCUGUGAAGGAACACUUUCAGUCAGUCUCAAACUCUGUAUCUAAAUGUGACGGGCAGAUAUUUCCUAACGUUGUACUUCUGGUUGUUUUUAAAAGCAAAUAAAUGCAUCAUUUUCUUUAGCA